AGAUCAUCACUCGCCUUGGAUUAUGAGCUCCUGUGUGACGUACCGCCACAAGUUACGUUAGUGUAUCAAAAUGAGAUCACAUCACAAACAAGCGACUUUGUUUUGAUCGUCUUCUCUGAGAUACGUCAUUGUCAUUGCCAUGGAUCCCAGACUCAUUAUUCUUCUUGGCGUGAGCGCCCAUUUAUGUAGUAUAGUUUUAGCUGAAGGACCAGUUUACGAUGGUGGAGCGCCCCAGCCGCCGAGCCCGCAGCCCGCAGCCGGGCAGUACCUCACCCAGACCGUCUACGGCUUUCUGGACUUCACCACAACAAUAGGCAAUACUGUCAUGGUCUUCUCCCCUCAGUCAGCACCACCACCAGAACCACCAAGCACCGAAAAAUCUGUCCAAGAGAACAUAAUUGAAACGAAACCACCGCCGCCAUCAGUUACAAGUAUAAAACCUGAAGCUAUCAAGCCAAGCAAAAUAGCGGACAAAGACAAAACCAAUAAGCCCACCGGUCCUCCUGCCAUUUCCAGCGCUGUAUCUGUAGUUAGCUCGAAAAAAGAAGACAAAGUACCUAACAGUCCAAAAUCUGUCGCUAAAGAGCAGAAACAGAUAAUAACGAAAGUUGAAGUUGUAGCUGGUCCAUCUAAAAUUGUAGAAAGUACAGCGUCAAAACCGGCUCCCCAAAAUCCAAAAAAUUCUCAGUCUAGCAAUAAAAAGUCUAAACCUGACGCUUCUAAAAACAAACCUGUUACAUUGAGUAGCAAAGUUGAAAUAAAACAUGAUUCACCACAGUCCGCUGUAUAUAAGUCAAAAGUGAGCAGCGUCGUUGAAAUUAAAUCCGAUAACCCCGAGGAAGAACCGGCCGUUUUGAUCACAAACAAUAACAUUGGUGAACCGGAAUACGAUUUCCUAUCGCGCCAACCAUCAGAGUUUGUCGAAGAAACAUACAAGGUUGUCAAUUUAAGACCCUCCAAGGUCCCCGGCCAAAAGCCAAAGCAUGGUUCUAAACAUAGAGUACACCAGCCAGCUCCUCCCCCGGAUGAUGACGAGCAUCCACUUGGCCUCGUAACCACUCUCGGAGGGACUAUAGUUAAGGAUGGGGUCACUACCGUACAUGAGACUAGUGUUAUUGGUACCUUUAUAUCUGGGAAAUACGCCCAAGUCUUAAACAGCAAUUCGAAAAUUUUACAAUCGCCGGGUCAUAGAGCAAAAAUUUCUCCAAGCCCAACGCACAGAAUUUUGAAAACGGUCGGACCUUCGUUACCUAAAAAUCAUAAUAGACAUAACUUAGAACCAACACCGUCAAUCAGCGAUGAAGAAACUAGUUUUGGUAAACCUCGAAGGCAAACAUCUAAUGGCAGUUCAUUUAAAAACAGACAUCGCCCUCAAAGCAAUUCCGAUAACGAUAAUCAUGACACUUCUCCAGCACCAAGCAAAAAAUUCAAAAACCGUAAUUCAUCGCACACCCAACGUGUUCAAAGUGAAACCGCCACUCCAUCAUUCUCAAACAGAAGAAAGAGCAAUCGUAACUCCGGCCAUAAGACUAUCGUUACACCUUCAAACAACGAUAAUCAAUCAAGACGUGGAUUUAAGCCUCGUGUGCAAGCCACACCAGUUGAUCAAGUAACUCCAGUUGCAUCCACCAGCGUCUAUAAAUUCAAACUUAAUCGUGCACCAGGUUCAGGGCGAUGGCAAUACAAAACAAGCCCUAAACCGAAGGUUACAAUCAGAAAAAUGAACGGUGAUGAUGAACAAACGACACCCAACUCCAACCCACUCCUAGAGGACAUAAAUUCCAAUGACGUAUCACCUCAAUCAAGAAUCGACAAUGAUCUCGAGUUGCAAGGCUCUCAAAACGGAGCCAGUUCUUUGUUAGAAAACGAUGCUGAUGAUAAUUCCAUAGAGAAACCUCCACCAGUAGAAACACUAAAGGUUGAAAUAUCAACUCCUGCUGACUUCAAAGAUGUUUACUAUGAAAUUGCUACGAUCAAGUCUCCCUACACUUUCCAGGUUGGACGCGUUAAAAACACUCGUAUUAUCACCGUCACAUCUACGAUUCAAAAACGUAUCGAACCAACUGCAGUUAUUAAUGCACCAAGCGCUCUGAACGAACCUUUGACAGAAAAUAUACUGGCCACAGCAUCUCCUUAUGGAAAAGAUCAUAAUUUAGAUUCAAGCAUAGCUACACUGCCUGCAAUAACAUUAUCUUCUGAUAUGGAAACUCCUCCGUUAGAAACUGUAACAGAAACUUUUAGCACUACACAACACAUGCUAAAAACGCAUAUCUUACCAGUUGUUCGAGACGUCAAUUUAACAAGCAGUCUAACGUUCAUUCAAACCUACCAAAUCACAAGAUUUGUCACAGCAACUAAAACACUGCCACCAAUGGACUACUUCCAAUUCAUACCCAGCAAAACUCUAAAGGAAUUCAACAGUCGUCUCGAUGAAGCUGGGUCGGAACUACACUUAGAAUUAGAUUUCGGAGACAGCAAUGAAGAUGAGGAAGGAGUUCCGCGUAAAGUAUUCCCACCAGACCUAGAUUUAGCAAACAUCGGAUCUGAGUUCGAUCUUACUGAAGUAGACAAAUACAGGGUGCCAGAUAACCACCUGAGAUCAAAGAAGGCCCACGGCCAAAACAAGGGCAAUCACGUGACGGAAUCCCCAACACCUCCCACACCAGCCUUAACUCCAGAACAAGCACAACAGCUGGCUCUAUUAAGGCUACUCAACCCUGCAGCGGCUGCACAAAUCCCUAACGUUGUUACCACUUCAAAACCGAUCCUAACAUACGAGACGAUCUACGAGUCCCACGUGAUUCCGUUCUUCGACGGCAAAAGCACUGUCCACAGCACAAUUUCCAGACCAGUAGCUACAGUUACGAAAACAGAGUACGAAAUCGGCACCAGCAGUCUUCCCGCUCUGCCUCUACAGCCACUUAACCCCUUAUUCCCUCAACAGUUUUCAGUAACUUCGACGCCGGUUGUCAUGAACACAGAAGUGACAGCGACAGACAGCCAAGUUUUGAAACUGACUUUCGGCGCGAAAACUGUGUACACAACGUUGUACACGACUAAAGUUGUGCCGACGGUGCUGACGUCGUAUGUAACUUCCUCGCUGCCUGUCCAACCCAGCGCCGGCUACCAAGGAUAUUUCCCCGCACCAUUUGCACCUUUUCCAUACGUGGGAUAAAUACUUAAAUCUAAGGAAAGCUGUGUGUGAUUUUGGACGUGUAUAAAUCAUAGUGCAGAACUCUCAGUGCCAGUGAUUACGAUAACACGUAAGUUUUUAAAAACUAAACUUUAAGCGAGUGCGUCGUUGUUUGCAGUGCAUGUGAUAAACUAUAUUGCGAGUGGGUGAGCAGUAAACAGUGCAAAAGCAGCAGAAUGUUGAGAUUUAUGGCCUUUGUGGGAACACGAAAACUUUAAAGUUGUAUAUU